AUGCAUGUGAAUGGGACCACCACUGAAUAUUUCAUCAUUAAAGGAAUCACAGAGGUCCCUGAAUUACACAUCACCAUAUUCAUUGUAGUAUUUCUCAUAUAUCUCAUGACCAUCGGAGGAAACAUGGUCAUUCUCAUCCUCAUCUGCAUGGACACUCAUUUGCACACGCCUAUGUACUUCUUCCUGGCUAACCUGUCCAUUGUCGACAUGGCAUCCACCACCAGCAGUCUGCAUAAGAUCCUCAUAAGUUUCAUUACUGGGGAUAGGACUGUUUCAUUCCAUGGGUGUAUGACACAGUCUUUCAUGUCUGGAUCUUUCACAGUCCAUGAGUUGUUCAUACUGGCAGCCAUGAGUUAUGAUCGUUAUGUGGCAAUUUGUAGGCCUCUAAGCUAUCAUCUGAUCAUGAACCAUAGGACAUGUGUUCUGUUGGUUUCUUCAUGCUGGACCUUGGGCUUUCUCUUUGUUAGUCCUCUUGUUGGCAUAUUAUCCAGUUUUUCAUGUUAUACCUCCAUUGAGGUCAACCACUUCCUCUGUGAUAUUGUCCCAUUGCUGAACAUCACCUGCAGUGAUACCUCCAUUUUGGACAUAUUAUUCUUUAUUGAAGGGUUGUUUCUGUUCACUAUUGCCCCAUUUCUUUUCACUUUUACUCCUUAUAUUUUUAUCAUAGUUGCAAUACUGAAGAUCCAUACCAGUCAUGGUAGACGUAAGGCAUUCUACACAUGCUCCUCACAUCUCACCGUGGUCGUCCUCCUCUAUACACUUCUGGUUAGUCAGUAUUUGGUCCCAAGCUCAUCAAGCAAUUUUGACUCUAAAAAACUAUAUGCACUAUUUAAUAUGGCUGCUGUACCCCUACUAAACCCUUUGAUUUAUAGCUUUAAAAACAAGGAUGUGAAGGCUGCAUUACAGAGGAGGUUUGGACGGAAACUGUGA